AUGAGAAAGAAGUAACAAUCGAAAAAAGUUGAAAAAGAGAAUGAUUCUUCUUAACCCACUACUGCUAUUGCCUCUUAAAAAAGUAAGGAUAUCAGCUAAUAUUUUAAAGAGUUUGUCAAUAAGGAUUUGGAGAAUGAUCUACUUGAGUACAAAGCUAAGAUGAUCAACCACAUAGAGAAUAGAAUACUGCAUUCUUAAAAGAAAUUAGAGGACUCUAUAAGGGAGGACAUGGAACAUUUUGAAUAACAGAUUUCUAAAACUAUCAAUGAAUUAAGAGAUGACCGAUUUGACCAAAAAGUAUGUUCAGUAUAAAAUCAAGAAAGAUAAAUGGAGAAAGUGUUCAGGUAGGAAUGAAAAGAUUAUUUUAUAGAUAUAAGCCGUCUCUUUUGUCGGAGAUGUUGAAAUAGUCUGAUUAUAAAACUCUUUACCACAUGAUGAUGGCAAGCAUGUUUAUUUUGAUGGGCAAUCUAUGGAUAUAGGACUAUUUGGAGAGAGGUAUCAUAUUUGAUAUGGAUACAUUCUUCUGGUGCUUUUAGACUCCUUUGUUAGUAGCAGAAAUUUGGUUUGCUUUAGUAUUAUCCAGUUAUUUGACUGUGUAUUGGGUGACCUACUGUUACUCAAAUAAGAUCAAGCCAUUCACAGCCAUUCUGGUAUUCAGUCUUCAUUAGAUAAUAAGCAUUUUGGCAGCUUGUUAUAUGACAACUGCUUGGGUGGUAAAUAAGUUAAAUUAAUAUAGAAUGGAUUUGGUUCAAGGAUGAUUGUGAUGUGUGAAGCAGUCAGAAUGAUGAUGAAAAACUAUUCUUAUGCUCGAAACAAGAUGUUGUAUGGCACAGAGAAUAAAUACAAAUACUUCAUUCUGCAAUCAUUUGAAAGGAAGGGAAUCACUAAACAAAAUGCUUUGCUUCCUGACAUCAAUAUUUAAUCCCUUUCUUAAGAACUCAAGAGGUACACUUACUUCUUCUUGGCACCAACUUUGUUAUACAGAGACUAUUACGUUAAGGCUCCAAAUUACUCCAAGAAAAAGGUCAUCAUAGAAUUCGCAAAUUUCUUUUUGUGCAUUUAUUACGGGUUUAUUCUCUUCAGAUCUUUCUGUAAAGAACCAAUACUUUAAUUGAGGUAUUACUAUAAUUUAUUUUUAGAGAGAACUUGACUUUAAUGAAUUUCAUUGUUACUUUAUAUAAGUUAAUGAUGCCAUCAACUUUUUCACUCGUUCUGGUCUUCUUUGGUUUACUUCACAGUUGGUUUAAUGGAUGGGCAGAACUACUGAGAUUUCCAGACAGAACAUUUUAUCAUGAUUGGUGGACAGCCUCAGAAUUUGGAUAGUAUUAUAGAAAAUGGAAUGUUAUUGUUCAUGAAUUCCUUUAUUAUUAUGUUUAUUUGGACAGUGAGAAAUUAAGUUAAGGCAAAAGAAGUAGACUCUUUAGACAACUGAUCACUUUUGGAUGUUCAGCAGUUAUUCAUGAAAUCAUUCUUACUUUUGCUUUGGGCUUCUUUUAUCCAAUAUGUUUUCUUUUAUUUACUGGUCCAGGAAUUUUAUUCAUUUAAGCCAAGGAAGUCUUUAAAUAGGUAUUUAUAUUCAUUAUGGAAGGGCUGGUUUAACAUUCUAUUUUGGGUUUUAAUGUACAUAGGAACCUCUGUGAUGAUCACUUUAUAUUUGACUGAGUAUUAUGCUAGAAUUCUAAUAAAUGAUCACUUAAUUGAACAAAGAUGGGGAAUUAUUCAAUACUUAAUUCCUAGAACAAUUUAUCUAAUCACAGGAAUUUGAUAGGUUUAAUAAUAAUUAUUAAAAUUAUUUUAAAUU